UCGCGGUCUCGUGCGCGGCAUGGAGCUGCACAAGAAGGUGACGGCGACCGACACGGACGUGCUCAAGUUCAACCAGCUCAAGACCCGCAAGAAGCAGCUCACGUUCUCGCGGUCCGGCAUCGAGGGCUACGGCCUCUUUGCUCUCGAGCACAUCCCGGCGGGCGACAUGGUCAUCGAGUACGUCGGCGAGCUCAUCCGCCAGCAAGUCGCCGACCGGCGCGAGAAGGCCUACGAGCGCCAGGGCAUCGGCUCGUCGUACCUCUUUCGAGUCGACGAGGACCUCGUCGUUGACGCGACCAAGAAGGGCAAUCUCGGACGCCUCAUCAAUCACUGCUGCGCGCCCAACUGCACUGCCCGCAUCAUCACGAUCAACGGCGUCAAGAAGAUCGUCAUCUACGCCAAGACCAACAUCGAGCCCGGCGAGGAGGUCACGUACGACUACCACUUCCCGAUCGAGGAGGACAACAAGAUCCCGUGUCUUUGCGGGUGCGCUCGCUCCCUCGCCCACCUCGACCUCCUCUCGCCGGCAUUACUGACUCUUUGA